AUGACUAUGAUACAAGAUUAUAUAAAUUGUCCCCGGGGUUUCACAUCGGCAUCCGGAAAGUGCUUCAAAUACUACCGUGUCGGAAACAGCUGGCAAAAUGCACUGGAUACAUGUAAAACUGAUGGUCAUAUAUUGAUUCUGAUUGACAGUGACUUGACAUCAAAUGCUCUUAAGACAAUUAUAAAUGAAACCACUGAUACAGCUCCUUUUUGGAUGGAUGGUAUAGAUCUGGGACACAAUGGAACAUUUACUACAAGCGUAGGAGCAUCUCUCAUAUGGACUAACUGGUCUCCCAGAGAGCCUUCAAAUGUAGUGCAGUAUCAGAACUGUAUUAAAGUAGUACCAGAUCAAAGCUAUCAAUGGGAUGAUGACGAUUGCAAUGUGGAAGCCCCAUUUAUAUGUGAAGCCGACACAGUAACACUUUCAUAA